AUGGAUCAAUGUUAUUACACCCUUGCCGAAGGUGUUGAUGCUGAAUCCCCACGUCUCCAGAGAAAGAAUUCCAGAAAGGCCUUGGGCUUUAGGGUGGUUCAUGCGAAAGCUGCUGGGGCUUAUGGUGGAUUUACUGUCACCGAUGAUUGCUCAGAUAUUACCUCGGCCAGUUUCCUCAAUCAAGUGGGCAAGAAAACUCCAGUCUUAUGGCCCGUAUCCACAGUUGGGCCUGAAGCUGGUUCAGCUGACACUUCACGCGAUGUGCAUGGAUGGGCAAUGAAGCUGUAUACUGACGAAGGAAAUCUCGAUUGGGUGUUCAAUAACACCCCUGUGUUUUUCGUUCGCGACCCGAUCAAAUUCCCUUCCAUGAACCGAUCCCACAAGAGGCGUCCGCAGACUGACCUUCCGGAUCCAAAUAUGUUCUGGGACUUCCAUGUUGGCAAUCCUGAGGGCGUCCACGAGUUGCUCCAUGUUUUCAGCGAUCGGGGAACACCCGCGUCCCUCCGUCACAUGAAUACUUACAGUGGACACACAUACAAAUUUACAAGAGAGGAUGGCUCUUUUAAAUAUGAAGCCGUGCGAAUUGCAGGGGAGAAUCCUGAUUUUCUCAUCAAGGAUAUGUUCGAGGCGAUUGAAAAAGGGGAUUACCCAACCUGGAAUGUUUACGGGCAAGUAAUGGAUCCUACACAGGCGGAGAAUUAUCGGUGGAAUAUAUUCGACAUGACUAAAGUUUGGCCACAUCAUGACUUUCCUCUUAGACAGAUUGGAAGGCUGACCCUGAAUCGUAACCCCAAUAACUAUUUCACUGAUAUUGAACAGGUAGCAUUCUCACCGUCUAAUAUGGUCCCAGGGUCUGCACCAUCUGCUGAUCCAAGUACGUAUCUCUUUGAUUACUUUUAA